CUUCAAGCAUCCUAUAGCUUUCCCUCUGUCUCUUUAGUCAAAAGAAAAUGGCAAUGGGGCGUGUUACUUGUUUGGUUUCUUUGCUUCUCAUAUUGGUGACUGUUGAAGCUAGAAUUCCUGGUGCUUACUCUGGGGGUGCUUGGCAAACUGCCCAUGCCACUUUCUAUGGUGGCAGUGAUGCUUCUGGGACAAUGGGUGGAGCUUGUGGCUAUGGAAACCUAUACAGCCAAGGCUAUGGAGUUAACACAGCAGCUUUGAGCACAGCUCUAUUCAACAAUGGAUUCAGCUGCGGUGCCUGUUUUGAGAUAAAAUGCACAAAUGAUCCACAAUGGUGCCAUUCUGGUAACCCUUCAAUUUUUGUCACUGCAACCAACUUUUGCCCUCCAAAUUAUGCUCUUCCUAGUGACAAUGGGGGAUGGUGCAACCCUCCUCGCCCUCACUUUGAUCUCGCCAUGCCCAUGUUCCUUAAGAUUGCUGAGUACCGUGCUGGCAUUGUCCCUGUCUCCUACCGCAGGGUGCCAUGCCGGAAACAAGGAGGAAUCAGGUUCACAAUCAACGGUUUCCGCUACUUCAACUUGGUCCUAAUCACCAACGUGGCAGGUGCUGGUGACAUCGUGAAGGCAAGCGUGAAAGGUUGGAAAACAGGGUGGAUGAGCAUGAGCCGAAACUGGGGCCAAAACUGGCAAUCCAAUGCCGUUUUGGUUGGCCAAUCACUUUCUUUUAGGGUCACUGGCAGUGAUCGUAGGACCUCUACUUCAUGGAACAUUGUCCCUUCCAAUUGGCAGUUUGGUCAGACUUUCACCGGCAAAAAUUUCAGGGUCUAAUCUAAUUUUACAAGGUUUUGUUUUUUGGGUUUUAAUAUCUUAGUUUUUUUUUUGCUGGAAAACGAGAGAAAGUGUGUGUUGAAGAUUGUUUUGACGGAGGAGUAAAAUGGGUUCUUACUUCGGAUCAAAGAAAAAAAAAAAGGUUCUUACUUCUUAUGGCUAAUGGCUUUUUAGUUUUCACUGUUUUUCUUUUUUUUGGUCAAAGGGGUGAGAGGGUAAAGGUAAAAAAAAAAAAAAUGAAAUGCAAUGGGGGCUGAAGUGGCUUGGAAAGUUGUAGCCCGCAGCUUUGAUAUAAUAUAUAUUUAAUUUAAUGAAAGAAGUGUUUUAAUUUACCAAUGUUUCUAGUGUUUUUAGAUGAUUCGCUUGAAAUUUACGAUGUUAAUUUUAUUUUGUUAUGCUUUCUAUGUUGGAAAAUAAAGGGGAGUACAUAAAAAAAUAAAAAGAAAUUACUUUCAAGGAAGAUAUAAUAUAUUCCUUUUCCUUUGAUUAAAAAGAAAAACAAAAGUGCAAGUGUAAAAGAAAGUGAAACAAAGAAUGGCAAUGCGGCCAUUUUUUUCCAUUGAUGAAAACAGAAGUAUUUUAAUCUUAUUAUCAUUUUCCUUUUUCAAUUGACAAAAAAAAAAAUCCAAGGAUCUUUAAUGUAUGGUAUUGGUAAUGUAUUCUUUUAUCUACCACGAACAUGACUAAGUCCCAAAAUUCAUAAAAAAAAAUUGACCAAAAAACUCUUCUAUAUGAAAAAAAAAAAGAAACUAAGUAAUGAUACAUAGGAUUCUUCUAUGAUAUAGCCGUAAUAGGUUCAUUAGAUUCUCAUGUUGCAUUUGAAUGUCUUUUUUGGACUGCCUAGGCUAAUACCAACAUUUAGGAGUGCAUUGAUCUCUGCUUUAUCACUUUUGUUCUGGUGUUGACUAAUGAACUUAAGCUCGAACCAGCUGUUCUGUUCUUAAACCAGAAUAGCAGCACAACAAUCAUUGAGUUGAUGUCUAUUCACUUGGCUCAAAGAUAUCUUUGUCUUACUCCAAUCUCCUGAUAGCUGGCAAUUAGACUUCAAUUUCAACAGUGUGGUAACUCUCUUGGUUGUGACUGUAAACUAAAAUUGCUGUCAAAUUUAUCGCAACAAAAUUAUUGAUCUGAAAGUACAAGUUAUGGUCUCUGGUAAAUUGGAAAAUACUCAGGUUGAACUUUCUUUAUUUUUGUUAGCUCCUCAGCCCACUGCCCUGAGACUUCCACUUCAUUCUAAUCAUUCUGUCCAAUAUUUUGCUUAGCUUGUCAAUCCAUUUCUAAACUAGAAGUAAACCCAGUGUCAAAUUUUCAACAUGCAGUUCAGAUUUUUAUUUAAGACCAGGAAAGUAAACAGAGCUUAAAAUCUUGGAAUUUGAAGAAAAUUUUUAUGAUUUUCUUGCAAAACUGUGACUUGAGAAGUUAACAGUUAAAUUUUAAAAAGCUAACCGAAAUUUCAGUUUAGAUCAGAAAACUUUAAUCCCUUUAACCCAAAUUUCAAUCUCGACUAAAAACUACUGACUAUAAAGCCAAAUUAACCUAAAUGAGAUUACCAGGACAAAAAGGAGAUAUACAUACGGUAUAUAACAAGAAAUGUGAGAUGGUAGCAGUAGACAAAAAAGGGAUAGAAUUUGCCCUUCACCAAUGGAUACCAUCACCAUCCCGCCGGUUGUCUGGCCGCUGCUUAAUUCUGCUUCUUUGUUUCCAAAGAAGCAAAAUCAAGCUUUUUAUUUCUGCACUGUUGCUAAAGAAACAAAGCAUUAAAAAACCAUUGCUUUCUUUCCUAAAAAUGCAACAAAUGCAAAUAUUACCAAAAGCCGAAAAAAAAUUAAGGGAUAAGGGCUCAUAUCAAGUGUAAAGAUUAGAUUUUAAGUCAUUGUGGGAAAAACUCAGAUUCAAAAUGGGAAGAAAAAGAUAAAAAGUAAAGAUAAAAAAGAAAAAUUUUGAGACACCGAAGCCUUCAAAGAAAGGCGGCGUCUUCAAGUUUUCCCUUUUUUUUAUCUUUUUUUUUUAUAUAUGAUCCCACUCAAGCCUCUCUCAUUUUAAUCAUAGCCCUUUGUUUGCCCCGUUGUAAGAUUAUUUUCAGAAAGGAAAAUUUUAAGAGAGAAUCUUAGCAGAAGAAGUUUUUCAAAAUGCAAAACUCCGUGAUACACAGGGUUCUUGAAGCUGGGGAUUUUUGGUGCAGUUGAGGAGGCGAUUAGGGUUUAGAAUUG